AUGGCAUCACCUACUCGUCGAUAUAAGUGCGGACCCGCACCUCCGUAUCUGGCCCCACAAAUCCCGGGCUCCGACCCACUCAACUCAACGACGCCCGAUGGUCAGUCGGCCUCGAACACGGAGCUCCUCACAAAGUUUUCCGAACACGCGAGCUUGGAACGCAAACCCUAUACAGACGUCCAUGUUGGCUUGACUUCUCCCGCUGCUCGAAAGCCAUCAUUCAUGGAGCUGCCAGCCGAGAUCCAUCUCCUCAUUACCGAACAACUCAUUUACCCCGAUGCCCUAUCCAUGAAACACGUCAACAGAUACCUUUACAAUCUCGUGGACACCGGUGUGCGUAAGAAGGUCGAGUGGCUUGUCCAAUGUCACUUCUUAUGCAGCGUUGGAGAGAGCACAAUGAGUGUGAAGCCCGCCCCGGCCUUGGGUGUCUGGUAUACAGCACCUCAACGACGUCCAAACAUAAUGAACAAUUCCACUUGUUCGGAUCAAGGCUCUUUCUACCCCCUGUGCCUCAAUUCGGAAUCCAAACCCUUUACAUUCCGAAUUCAAAAACCUUCCCCCACUUUGGUUUCUGCUGGUUCAACCACAUUGAUAUCUUGCGCAGGUUUUGCGCUGGCAUCAAGUAUGUUUGAGUCUAGGCCCUUGUACUGUGAAGAAAAAAAAAAAAAAGAAAAAAAACAGGAAGGGGGGUGUGCGUGA